GAAGUAGAAAUAAAAGAAAGAACUGGGUAUUCAAAUUUUAAAUCACUGCUAAUUUAGGAUCAUCUGAAUGUAACUACCGCUAGAUAUAUGUGUGUGCAGCCCAAACAACAGAGCUUGACUGAUACUUUACCACAGGAUUUUGGUGAACUUUCACAUUUUGUUUGUGAUGGAGAUUUGAAGUCAUAAUAUUGCAGGUUGUCUCCACUUGGUUUGGACCGGAACUUCACAAUGAGUACCGCAGAAACGGACGAAUACCAGUGUGCCUGUCUGCCAAGUUUCAACUGUAUUCCAGAGAAACACUACUGUAAUACGACCAGAGGGGUGGGAUGUUAUUCAAUAAAAGAACGAACGUCUUUUGGGGUGGACGUCCGGAGAGGUUGCGGGAUGGACAACCAGAAGCACCUCAUGAAUUGCCAAGGGAAACGAGACAACGUGUGGACGGACGGUCCCGACAUCGCAGUUAGGUGUUGCUCCUACAGCUUCUGUAACGCAGACAACGACCCCGAGCUGAAGGCCACGAAAGUUGUCGAGGAGAUGACCUUUAACAUGUCCAUGUUAAUGGCGGUGCUGGUUCCAAUCGGAGUGCUGAUCAUAGCUGUAAUCAUAGUGUUCUUCGUUUUCCGGCACCUUCAGAAGCAGCGUCCCGAGAGUCGGGAAAACCUGCGGGUAAGGGAGGAACUUUUGCCCCAAGAGUAUGGAGGAAUUAGGGUCACACAGGUCGGAGAUAGCACGCUGCAGGAGCUGAUUGAUGAGUCAUGUACAUCGGGGAGUGGAUCCGGUCUACCGUUUCUGGUUCAGGCGACCGUGGCAAGAAGCAUCUCACUCAUAGAAUGUAUUGGCAAAGGCCGUUACGGGUCUGUUUGGCGAGGGAGAUACCACGAUGAGAAUUUAGCAGUGAAAAUUUUCUCAUCCAGAGAUGAAGCCAGCUGGUUACGAGAAACAGAGAUUUACAAUACCUGUCUACUCCGACAUGAGGGAAUUCUGGGAUACUAUGCUUCAGACAUGACGAGUCGGAAUUCGUGUACUCAGUUGUGGUUGAUCAUGCAUUACCAUGAGAAUGGCUCGUUGUAUGAUUACCUGCAGUCUACAACUCUGGACUGGGAGGAAAUGUUACGCCUGUGUCAUUCCGCUGCGGCUGGUCUCGUUCACCUUCAUACGGAAAUCGUAGGAAACCAGGGGAAAGCAGCUAUUGCCCAUAGAGACAUCAAAUCCAAGAAUAUAUUGGUGAAGAGCAAUGGCUUGUGCUGUAUUGGGGAUCUUGGGCUUGCUGUGACACACACACAGGAGAAUAACAAGAUAGACUUAGGUCGCAAUAACAAGGUGGGCACCAAGCGGUACAUGGCCCCCGAGCUUCUGGACGAGACCCUUAACCCAGAAUACUUUGAGGCAUUCAAACAAGUGGAUGUGUACGCAUUUGGUCUAGUGAUGUGGGAGGUUGCCAGGAGGUGUGUCACAGAAGGUAUGGUUGAUGACUAUAAACCUCCAUUCUGGGAUGUGGUACCCUCUGAUCCAUCAUUUGACGAUAUGAAAAAGGUUGUCGUCAUUGACCAACAACGACCAGCCAUUCCUAAUAGGUGGUCAUCUGAUACGAUCUUGCAUCAGAUGAGCAGACUGAUUCAGGAAUGCUGGACUAAUAACCCAAAAGCCAGACUCACUAGUCUUAGGAUUAAAAAGACAAUUAAUCAGCUGCUCAAUCAACCUCAGUGCAAAAAGGUCAAGGACACCAACAAAUGUUGAGGGCAUCAUACGGGAGUGUUGUGUAACCAAGAUCUUAUUAGACACACCCUGUUGCUGCAUCCAAUCUUUUCUCUUUACAGCAAGUCCCUGCAUCAGAGAUUGAUGAGUCGUUGCAAAUCUGCUGUUCAUACGUUUAGCAAACCAGGCAUGAAAGACAGUAGAUAUCUUGCUUGUUUACAGAGGUUGCAUAUAUUUGUUGUUAGUGAUUUUUAAGAGUAAUGAAAAAAUUUAAGCAUUGUUGAAUGAAAAUUAUUUACAUGCAUAUAGAAAAAGAUUUUGAUAUAGAUCUAUAAAUUUAAUGAAUUUUACAAGUACAAUACUUGAAAAAAAUUUAUUUUUAAAGUAAAACGCAAGUGUUAAAGAAGGAUUUUUUUUUAAAUUAAAAACUUGAGUGACAUUUAGGAGAUUUCUUUGUUUAUAUGUGAAUUAUUUAAUGUGUACAGAAGUGUUGAAUUUUGGCCAGCCAGAUAUUGUGAAUUUUACAUUCCAGGAGUCACUAAAUACAAGCUUUUAUGUCAUUGUCUGCUUAAUUCAUUUUCUCUGUCUGAGAUAUUUUGCAUGGUGUAUUUAUCAUACAUGUGAAAGUGAAAAGAAGAUAAUGUGUGUAAGUGGAUGUGUAUUUGACUGCGUAUUAUAGACGUACAUGCAGUAAACUGAUUUCUGCUGUCUGGCCUAUUGUAAUGGAGCCAAAGAUUAAGGUUGAAUUUUGCAUGGAAUACAUGUAUUUCUUUGCAAAUUAUUGAUUCUUUGCAAGUUGUGUACAAAAACUAGUCAGUUACACCCAUAUAUUGUCAGGUACAUGCAUUUGUUGUUGUUAGAGAAAAAUAUUGUGAAGCAUUCUGAUAACAUUUAUAUUUCAUUUUAUUGUAUAGAAAAUCUCUUCUCAAAUUGUAAGUUUAUAUCCUGUAUCAAGCUCAUCACAUGAAGUUCAUGGGGAUUCAGUUGAGACAUUUUUAACAAAGGUUCUAUUUCGGUAGAUAUUCGUCCUUUUACAAAUUUUUUUUGUUUUUAGUUUGAAUUUGCCUGUCCUUUGAUAGGUUAAAGAAAGGAGAAAUAUUUGUUUCUAAAGUAAAAAUUAUUUGAGAGGCUCAAUGUCGUUUUUAUAAAAAGAACAUUUCCAUAUACAUUGUAUUCAUGAAUCUCAUCAACUGUAAAUAUCUUAUUUAUUGUAAUGCAUAAAAAAUUGUGUUGUUCUUGAAUAUUUCAAAUGAAAAUUUGUCUCUUAUUGUUGAAUGAUAGCUUGUCUGAGUGAGCCUUUUUUUCUGUGAGUGCAAGUUGAAUUUGUAACAAAUUGUAAGAGUUGUUGACAAUUUGAUGCCAUUGAUAUUAUAAACUGCCUGUAUAUUGUUCCGUCUGUUAAAGGUUGUAGUUCUACAAUAUUACAAAUCUGUAUAAUGUUUGACUUCUCACUAGAUUCUAGACAAGUGCCUGCCUACAAUAUUUUUGUCCCGAGUUUGAUAGAUUGAAAUCUCAUCUUCAGGUUAUUUUUUAACAUUUAGAAGUUUGGCGUUAUUCAUGUACAGUAUUGCUAAAUUGGGUUCCCUUUUUUCAUUCUUCAAUACCAAGUGUCGUCUUCAAAAUUUUAUUCACAAUUUCAUUGUUUUGUAGGCAUUCAUAUAUAAUUUUCAGAAUUCUUCAAAACAUGUUCAUCAUUUUCUGCUGAAUUUUAUUGAACUUGAAAAGAAACAGUAUUAGUCAUCAGUGAUGUUUGAGAAUAGAAGGUGAAUUGUCAGUGAGCACCAACUCAUUAAACGAAAUGCUACACUUGCUCAAUCUGCAUGAAUUUCAUUCUGUUAAUGAGAUCUGAGUGAAUUAUAUCUUCAUUAUUCAUGUGUAAUAAAUUUCUCGUGUUUGUAGCUCAGCUAAACCUGAGAUUCUGAUCAGCUCUUCUGAUCAAAUUGUGUAACUCAGCAAAGUUUCUUAUGAGCUUUUCUGAUCAUAUUGUGUCUAUCGUCCACUCCAUGUAAACAAACACUUCAUAUGGAUUCAGGCUUAACUAACGGAAGGAAUAUAUCUCCCCUUCCAGCAGGGAUUAUAUAUUUGACUUAAUUCUCUGGGUUCCUUGGGGAACAUAGGGUCACAACCACACUCUUCCAACGUAUACGGUUCUGAGUGAUCCUCUUUAGCACAGCCCAUGUCAUUCCAGCAGCCUCCACUUUUUUCGUUGACACGGAUGAUAUAGGAGUGUGAAAAUUCAUGAGGUUUCUAAGUUGAAAGACUGAGGAUGGAACCGGAAUGACAGAAGUGCCGUGUAGUGGGUUCAGCCUGGUCUGAUAUGGCCGAGGGACCAAUGCUGGGGCAGUAGUUUACAUGCUUUAAGAGUUGUCAAAGUGAUGUACAAUGUCGGUCUCAAAUUAAAAGUCAUCGGAGGAAUGUUCAAGCGGAGUUUCAUAUUCAUUUAGAUGACCCGGAUGAGCGUUGUGGCUUAGGGGCCUCCUGUUACAAGUAUAUGAACUACACAAAACGAAAUAUUUUGGUCUUUGUUGUAACUUGAAAUGAAUUUGUAAUAAACUUGUUUGAAUUUU